AGGAAGAUGCUGAAAGUCACCGCGCCCACCUCCUCUUCCUCCUCUUCUUCCACCGCGCCCACCGCGACUGGGGGCACCUCUACUUCUCCCGAUUACUGGAUCGACGGUUCCAAUAAAGACUCUUUGGCCGAUUUCUUCGAGGUGGAGACAGAGCUGGGACGGGGUGCUACAUCAAUUGUGUACAGAUGUGUCCAGAAGGGGACCCAGAAACCUUAUGCUCUCAAAGUGCUAAAGAAAACAGUAGACAAAAAAAUAAUUCGGACUGAAAUAGGAGUCCUUCUUCGCCUUUCACAUCCAAACAUCAUAAAACUAAAAGAGAUAUUUGAAACGCAAACAGAAAUCAGCCUGGUUCUGGAAUUGGUCACAGGAGGAGAAUUGUUUGAUAGAAUUGUGGAAAAAGGCUAUUACAGUGAGCGUGAUGCUGCCCAAGCUGUUAAGCAAAUCCUGGAGGCAGUUGCCUAUCUACAUGAAAAUGGAAUCGUCCAUCGUGAUCUUAAACCUGAGAAUCUUCUCUAUGCAACUCCAGACCCAGAUGCACCACUCAAAAUAGCUGACUUUGGACUUUCUAAAAUUGUGGAGGAUCAAGUUACGAUGAAGACUAUAUGUGGAACCCCAGGGUAUUGUGCACCUGAAAUUCUUAGAGGAUGUGCCUAUGGACCUGAAGUGGAUAUGUGGUCUCUGGGAGUAAUCACCUACAUCUUACUUUGUGGAUUUGAACCAUUCUAUGAUGAAAGGGGAGAUCAGUACAUGUAUAAGAGAAUUCUGAACUGUCACUAUCGCUUUGUCUCCCCCUGGUGGGAUGAUGUGUCUCUGAAUGCCAAGGAUUUGGUGAGGAAACUGAUAGUUUUGGAUCCUAAGAAGCGUUUGACCACCUUUCAAGCUCUGCAGCACCCUUGGGUCACAGGGAAAGCAGCCAAUUUUGUACAUAUGGACACUGCCCAAAAGAAACUCCAAGAAUUCAAUGCACGGAGAAAGCUUAAGGCUGCAGUGAAAGCAGUGGUGGCCUCCACCCGACUGGGGGGUGGUGGUGGUCACAGCUGCCUUUCGGUCACCUGUAAGACUUCAAAACCAGAUGAAGAAAGUGAGAGGAAACAAAAUGAAACUCAGAAGGAAGAGGACAUGCUAAAACAAAGCUCAGGCGAGUUUGUGUUGGCAGUAACAGAAACCCAACUUGAAGAAGAAAUAAAAGACAAAAUGGAACCCAGAGUAGAACCCGGGCCUGGAGCACAAUACUUUGCUCCAGAAGAAGCCCUAAGAGUACCUGGAGAGGAAGAAAUGCAACAGUGGUUCCCAACAGAAGGCUGA